AUGUAUCAGGAGAAAAACAUCCACAGCACAGCGAGCAUCGUUGGUAAAUAUCACUACGUCACAGCCAUUGUAGCUAGUAUGCAUCGAUUAUCUAACCCUGGAAACAUCAAAAGGAGGAUAUCAAGACAUAUUAGUGUUAACGGACCAUUUCACUCGGUACGCACAAGCAUAUCCAACCGCAAUCAGACUGCACGGACCACAGCGGAUCAAGUCUUGUUCAAUAACUUCUUUGUGCAUUAUGGAUUUCCCCUCCGUCUACAUUCGGAUCAGGGAGCACAUUUUGUGAAGAAGUUAAUCCAUGAGUUGUGUCAGAUUACUGGGAUCAAGAAGUCCAGAACAACGCCCUACCAUCCGAUGGGAAAUGGCAUGUGUGAGAGGUUCAAUCACACUUUGCUAGCCAUGCUUGGCACGUUAGAACCUGAACAGAAGUCGGAAUGGAAAAAGCAUGUUGCACCUCUUGUACAUGUCUACAACUGCACCAAGAAUGAACAAACUGAAUACAGCCUAUUCCUGCUAAUGUUUGGAAGACAACCCAGGUUGCCAGUGGAAUGGCCUUCGUUAUUCCCAGAGGAGAGGAACAUCAUAGCAAUUCUAGAAACUGCUCUGGAAAAUGACCCGGUACAAACGAUGAAAAAGGACAAGAUCAAACGGAAUAGAAGUAAAUCGGAUAAUGAUGAUGAUGACGACAGGAGUGGACUGGAAACUGAGGAUGAUACGGAUGAGGAUGUGUGCUGUGUAGUUGAUCCACCAGUAGAUGUGACAGGCGCCAAAUUGGUAUCAAAUUCAUAG